GGCCUGAGUGACGCCAGAUCCUGCCACUUCACCGCCAAUUUACGAGGGUUUUACUGUGGAAAAGUACCAUUUAUAAAUUUAAUGUCACCCCGGCCAAGAAUGAGGAAUUAAAUAAUUCCCUGAAACUCUAGCGGGACUUUAUUUACAGACGAAGGGGUAACGUUGGACUGACGGUCCGUUUGUACUUGUUGCAAACUGCAGUGACAGUUUCAUCAGCAGCUCUGUUAGUCAGUCAGUCAGGGGAGGAGUCGUGUAGAUACUGAACCCACCUCUCUGUAAACUAUUUGUGUUAUAAAUGAAGGAAUAACGUGCUCAAGAAGAUGAACAAGACUGAAUAGAAGACGUAACACAGGAUAGAAGAAGAAACUAGGACUUCACAAGGUUAAUAGAGGCUUUAAACUGACCAUGCUGCUGCAGAGGCUGACCCUUUGUUCAAGGAUCCAGCUGGGUUCCCCGAGACACGUAUGCCGAUUGCUCACCAGACCACUGACACAAGCUCCCCAGGGCAGGGCCCAUGGCAGCUCCUUUGCCCACCGCGGUGAACUGCGUCAGGCCAAGAGGAUCGUCGUCAAGCUCGGGAGCGCUGUGGUCACCCGUGGCGAUGAAUGUGGCCUGGCUCUGGGGAGGCUGGCCUCCAUUGUGGAGCAGGUGGCCAUGCUGCAGAAUCAAGGCAGGGAGAUGAUGAUUGUCACCAGUGGAGCAGUGGCCUUUGGCAAGCAAAGAUUAAGACAUGAGAUCCUGCUGUCCCAGAGUGUCCGACAGGCGCUGCACUCCGGACACAAUCAGCUCAAAGACAUGUCUCUGCCUGUGCUGGAGGCCCGGGCCUGUGCUGCAGCAGGACAGAGUGGCCUGAUGGCCCUUUAUGAGGCCAUGUUCACCCAAUACAGCACUUGCACCGCGCAGGUCCUGGUGACAAAUCUGGAUUUCCAUGAUGACCAAAAGAGGCAGAACCUGAACAGCACGCUGCAGGAGCUGCUGCGCAUGAACAUCGUGCCCAUCAUCAACACCAACGACGCUGUGGUGCCCCCGCCAGAGCCCAACAGCGACCUGCAGGGGGUAAAUGUGAUCAGCAUUAAGGACAAUGACAGUCUGGCGGCGCGGCUAGCUGUAGAGAUGAAGGCUGACUUGCUCAUUGCGCUGUCUGACGUGGAAGGACUGUACAACAGCCCCCCUGGAACAGAUGAUGCCAAACUCAUUGACAUCUUUUACCCUGGAGACCAGCAGUCCAUCACUUAUGGUACAAAGUCCAGAGUUGGGAUUGGAGGCAUGGAGGCCAAGGUCAAGGCUGCGCUGUGGGCGCUGCAAGGUGGCACCUCAGUGGUCAUUGCGAAUGGAACCCACCCCAAAGUAACGGGUCACGUCAUCACCGACAUUGUGGAGGGCAAAAAGGUGGGAACCUUCUUCUCUGAGAUCAAACCUGCCGGCCCGACUGUGGAGCAGCAGACAGAAAUGGCGCGUAACUCCGGAAGAACUCUGGCAUCUCUUCACCCAGACCAGAGGAGUGAGAUCAUCUGCAAUCUAGCAGAGCUGUUGACUGAAAGGAAGGAUGAGAUUCUGGCUGCCAACAAGAUGGACAUGGACCUGGCUGUUAAUGCAGGCCAUUUGCCACCAGCCAUGCUUAAGCGUCUGAGUCUGUCACCAGCCAAACUUAACAGUUUGGCCAUAGGUCUGCGCCAGAUAGCUGUGGCAGCCCAGGACAGCGUGGGUCGUGUGCUGCGCAGGACCAGGGUGGCUCACAACCUAGAGCUGGAACAGAUCACUGUGCCCAUCGGAGUCCUCCUGGUCAUCUUUGAGGCCAGACCUGACUGCCUACCACAGGUGGGAGCAUUGGCUAUAGCCAGUGGUAACGCCCUCCUUCUGAAGGGAGGCAAGGAGGCAGCCAACACAAACCGUGUUCUCCACCAGCUCACCCAGGAAGCCCUUUCCAUGCAUGGAGUCAGAGAGGCCGUGCAGCUGGUGAGCACUCGUGAGGAAGUGGAGGAUCUAUGCCGAUUGGACAAGAUGAUUGACCUGAUUAUCCCUCGGGGUUCAUCCCAGCUUGUGCGGGACAUUCAGCGAGCCGCCAAGGGCAUCCCGGUGCUCGGUCACAGCGAGGGAAUCUGUCACGUCUACGUCGACUCAGACGCCAGCAUCGACAAAGUCAUCAAGAUUGUCAGAGACUCCAAAUGUGACUACCCAGCUGCGUGUAAUGCCAUGGAAACUCUGUUGAUUCACAGAGACAUCCUGAGGACCCCACUUUUUGACCAAAUCAUUGACAUGCUGCGCACUGAACGGGUGAAGAUUCAUGCAGGCCCCCGGUUCGCCUCUUACCUGACAUUCAGCCCAUCAGAGGCCAAGUCAUUACGGAUAGAGUACGGCGACUUGGAGUGCUGUAUGGAGGUGGUGGACAGCAUGCAUGAGGCUGUGGACCAUAUCCACAAGUAUGGGAGCUCCCACACAGACGUCAUCAUCACAGAAAAUGAGGACACUGCAGAGCAAUUCCUGCAGCAGCUGGACAGUGCCUGUGUUUUCUGGAACGCAAGCUCACGUUUCGCUGAUGGCUAUCGCUUUGGACUGGGAGCAGAGGUUGGUAUUAGCACGGCACGUAUCCAUGCACGGGGCCCUGUGGGCCUGGAGGGGCUGCUCACCACCAAGUGGGUCCUGAGAGGUGAUGGGCACACUGCAGCUGACUUCUCUGAGAACGGUACCAUGAAAUACCUCCAUGAAAACCUGCCUGUCGGGCAAUCUUUAGCUGGACAGAGAGACAGCAACUAGACCAGAGUUCACAGCACUCUCUUGGUAUUAACGCUGGUCAGAAUGGUUUACAUUAUGCACCAGCAGCUCCCAGCAGAUGUCACUGUUUUAAACCUCUGCAGCACCUAGCACAGAGACGGGAGGCUCACAUCAGUGGUCUAUUUCAUUAGCACAACCAGAAAGUUGUCCCUGUUCAGAUUAUAAAGUUGUUCAUUGACUGAAGAGUUUAGUCUUUUAAUUCUACCUCAGCUUAUGAUGCUUUUAUGAGUUAAUGAAGUCACCUUCAUAAGCUCCUGCAGGAGGUGUUAUCUGGUGAUCACACCACGAUACCGCUAUAAUACAUUAUCCAUGGGCAACACUAGGGUUAUUUUCUGUAAGACAAAAUAAACGCACAAUUGUUGUCAUACAUGUAUCAAGGAAGGAAGCUUAAGUGCUUAAUUAUUAUUAUUAUUAUUAUGAAACGAUGCAAUCUCAGGACAUUAUUUUGAAACCGACACUAAUUCACAAACACUAUUUAAUUUCAUCAAUAAAAUGUUCAUGAGAAAGGAGAAUGUCAAAAUAUUCAGUACCAAAAUAUACUCCCUUAAGCUCACCACAAAGUUGAGCCAAUAAAUUCACCGUACUGUAACUGCUUUCCUUGCUCAUAUAACAUUUCAGCAUUUUUGUUUUCUGUCUGAAACGCCAGGGUGAAUUCUCUGUAUAUGUCUAAAUGUACAAGCAUUUUUAUUAGUUGAGAUACUGAUCUUAUUCCCCUACAAGGUGACAUUUGAGAGUAGAAAUGUUAACUUAGAGAUUUCCUGUAUUAAAACAUAAUUACAGGAUUAAAAUAAAUGGUAUCCUAUUUUGAUACCAGUUUUGUACAGCAUUACAAGUUGAAACGCACUUCAGCUUGAAUGCAUCCAUUUUAUUUACAGUUUUAUUUAUUUGAUCACUGUUACACGUUCUGCUCAUUUUUCCAUGCUUUACCUCUUUCCUGUUUGUUCCUUGUGGCGCUCAAAGCCGCUGUCAGAGCAGGAACAGUAAUUGACAAGCUGCCUCCUUCAAGCUGGAGGGGAGAACGCAACUGCUUUUAAAUUAAGCUCUGUAACAUUCCAGCCUCUGAGCUCCUAUCUGAUGUCUUGCAAUGCACACUUAAGGAUUGGCUUGGGUUGUUUAAUAGCAGUAUUGUAGAAUUAAAAAAAAAUGUUGAAAAAGAA